GAACCAUUCCUACGUCCACUCGAUUUCCUACUGCUAAUCCAUCUCAGCUCACGUCAGGAGAAAUGGCGGACCUGGACGGCAGCGACGCAUCUCCUGCCGAAUCCCAAGCGUCUUCCUCCCAGGGCACAGCGGAGGAGGGCGCAGCGUCCUCCACCUCCAGGGGGAUCUCCUCCGUCUCGGGACAGACGUACACCGUCACCCUCAGCACGGCCGGCAGCAGCAGCAGCCCCCAGGGCAGCACGGCCUACAGAGCAGACUCUCUGCUUUACAACAAGAUCGAUGAGAGACAGAAGCUGGCCCGAGAACGCCGCGAACUGCAAGAGAAACAAAAUGCACUGCGGGAGGCCGAGUGGCAGGAGCGCGAGGAGCGCGCCCGGCAGCAGUACGAGAAGCACCUGGAGGAGAGGAGGAGACGGCAGGAGGAGCAGAGGUACAAGGAGGACAAGAGACGCAUCGCCGUGGAGGAGAAACGGCGGAAGAAGUUAGAGGAAGAUCAGGCUCGCCAUGAGGCGGUGAUCCGCCGCACCUCGGAGCGGAGUCAGAGGACCAGACCCAAGCCCAACCGCUGGUCCUGGGGGGGAGCCCUGCCCACACACACACCCAGCACGCACGCAGAUUCAGACAGGCGGGCGGUCUCCACCAUGAAUCUGUCAAAGCACAUGGACCCCAUCAUAACGAAGCGCCUGUCCCACUCAUCCGCCACACUGAUGCACUCGCCAGACAGAGGUCUCCGUCACAUGCCUCUGUCGCCAUGGGAGAACAUGAUGGUGAACCGCCUGCAGCAGCCCACACACUCCUACCUGGCACGGAGCCGCAGCACAGCCAGCCUGGCCAAGGAGCUAACAGUGUCCUGCCAGCCCACGGGCCCCAUGUCCUUCAGGGCCCUGCAGGCCCAGCCACUGCCCCACUGCCGCAGCCACGACCGCAACCUCAGCCGCGGGACGCCCCCCUGUCCGCCCUUCUGCAAGAGGAACCUCGGCGCCAUGCAGCAGCACAAGGAGGGUGACUUCACCAGGAAGUCCUGGAGCAACCUGACUCUUCCGCUGGCUCCUACUCUGUCCGUGGCCCCUAGGAAACGCUCAUCCUCCCCAGGGAAGAAGAAGAGUAAAGCCACGUCGCCCUCUCCUGUCAGACCGCCACAGAAACCCAUCGGCCGACCCCCGACCCCCAAACUCAUCAAGUCCCCUGUGGCCGACGACCCCGGAAACAUGCGUCCGGUGAAGCUGACCCCCGAGAUCACCGUCGCCCCUGCCCCGACCUCCGCUGGAGGCGGGAAAGGAGGAGCGGAGGAGGCUGAGGGGGGGAACCGGCUGCUAAGCCCACCCCAGCCUCGGCCUCAGCCGGUGGGCCAGAACAGAAGCAGCCCGGAGCAGGCUCCAACAGCACCGCCUCCAGUCACAUCCAGCCCUGAGGCGGCGGCGGGCAGCCCCGCCGCCCCCAGGGCCUCGGCGGGCACCACGGACCGGGAGGAGGCCAGCCGCAUCCUGGCGGAGAACCGGCGGCUGGCCCGCGAGCAGCGGGAGAGGGAGGAGGAGCAGCGCCGCGAGCAGGAGGAGCAGCAGAGACUUGCCACGGAGGAGAUGACCCGUCGUAAGGCAGAGGAGCGGGCAAGGAGGGAGGAGGAGGAGCAGAAUCAGGCCGAGGAGAGGAAGCUGAAGGAGGAGGAGGAGGAGAGGUUAGGCGAGAAGGAGAGACUUCAGAAGGAGAAGGAGGAGGCGGAGAAACUCCAGAGACAGAGGGUGGAAGAGGAGGCGCGGCAGAAGGAGGAGGGGGAAAGACUGAAGCAGGAGAGGGACAAACAUUUCCAGAAAGAGGAAGCCGAGCGCAAUGAGAGGAAAAAGCGCCUCGAGGAGAUCAUGAAGAGAACGAGACGUUCAGAUCCAUCAGAGAAGAAAGUUACACCUCGGAGCAACGGAGGCGAUGCAGCAGUGAGCCCCUCCCCAGAGACGGCCCCCAGUGCUCAGCAUCAAAACGGCAACGGCCACGCGGCCCCCAACUCCACUCCGGCCCCCCCUCCUGACACCAGCAUCUCAACACCCCCUGACGGCAGAGAGAACGGGGAGUUUGAGGAGGUGAUCACGCUGCCCCCCGGCUCCAGGCAGCGGCCCCCCGGGGAGGAGCAGCAGCAGCCGCUUGAGGAGAGGGACCGUGUCAUUGCCUUCAGGGAGAACGGCCUCCUCAAGCCUCUGGGCGGGAGGGACGACCUCACGGCCAAACAGGAGACAGACGUUGCCUGAAGUGUGUGCACGGAGCUGGGCGAAUGCACACACAUAACAGAGCGGUCGGAAGGAGAGAGUGACGGCACACAAGAGACUGGAGUG